AUGAAUUAGAAAAGCAAUAAGGUUUCUCCAAAUUAGAAAACAAUGGGAUUUAGAUUUAAUUGUGCUAUCAAUUUAGAACUGCUUAAAAAGUCAACUCGAAUGGCCUUGCUCAAGAUGAAAUACUAAAUGCCUGAAGAAUCAGAUCGAAUUAAAAUGAGAAAACGAAGCUUAAUCUUUGCAAAAAGUUAAUUGGAAUCAGAAAAGAAACCCUCUCCCUCUAAAAGCAAAUUUUUCGACACCAUUAAAACUAGAUGUAGCUCGAUUGCUGAUGACAAUAAUCAAAUGCCAACUAAAUUGGUGUUCUAAAAAUACUCGAAACAAUUAGACAAUAUUAAUUAUGGCAAUCCUUAGAUCUUUCAAUCGGCUUGUUCUUAGAAGGAGUAGAGCGAUACUCUGAUUUUCCCUUUUCAAAGAUCUAUUUAUCCAUAAAGGAAACUCGUAAGAAAGCAAAGAGCUGAGACUUAAUAUACAAUUAAUAGUUCAAUUAAUUAACCUAGUCCCAACAAUGCAAAAAUAAAGGUCAAGUCCCUUAUCGCCAUAUAAGAGAGAUUUGGAGCGACUGGAUGGGAAGUGGAACCGUCAGAUGACCUAUGA